AACAGUGCCAACAGUUUCUCCCAGCACUAACUGACCGCCGCACGUGUGUUUCGAUUUGUAAACACGCGCUGGAGUUUUAAAUAGUUUUUAUCUCAAGAAAAUGGGUGCAACAAAGAACCUGGACUUAAUAGGCACCAUCGAGGAUGAUGCCGAGGUGGAAAACCUGUCGGAGGACUCCGAUGCGGAAGUGGAGUACCAACCAACAAAACUGAGACACAAGAAGGUGACCGAGUUUGAGAAAGGCUUCGAGUUCGUUUCAUCGGUGAAGGAAUACAACCAAGACACUUGGGACGAUCUUAUGAAGUAUGUAAAAAGGAAGGCGCGCACAAAGACCGACGACAAGAUCGCCGCUCGCCUGCAGAAAAAAGGUGGCGCCGAAGCUGUAGCUGCAGAGCAGAGCGAUGGAAGUGAAUUAGAUCUAUCCGAGGACGAACUGAAGCAUGACCACCUGCGGCUACGAGAAAAGAAACAAACCAAGAAUAAGAAGAAGAAGUCGGGCGAGGAGGAUGAAGAGGAGGAGGGCGAGAAGAUGCAGUUCGAUGACACUGUGGAGGCUAACGAGCAGAUUACAUCCUUCUACCAGAUGAAUCUGUCCCGUCCCCUUAUGCGUGCCAUCGGAGUCCUAGGCUACAUCUAUCCCACGCCCAUUCAGGCCUCCACGAUCCCGGUGGCUCUACUGGGUCGUGAUAUUUGUGGCUGUGCCGCCACUGGAACGGGCAAAACAGCUGCUUAUAUGUUGCCUACCCUGGAACGUUUGCUCUACCGUCCUUUAAACAACAAGGCCAUUACCAGGGUACUGGUUCUGGUGCCCACCCGUGAGUUGGGCGCCCAGGUGUAUCAGGUCACCAAGCAGUUGUGCCAGUUUACUAGCAUAGAUGUUGGCUUGGCUAUCGGAGGCUUGGAUGUGAAGGCUCAGGAGGCGGUACUGCGUCAGAAUCCCGACAUAGUAAUUGCCACUCCCGGUCGUCUUAUAGAUCACAUUAAAAACACGCCCAGUUUCACUUUGGAUUCCAUUGAGGUUCUUAUCUUGGACGAGGCUGAUCGAAUGUUGGACGAAUACUUUGCCGAACAGAUGAAGGAGAUCAUCAACUCCUGCUGCAAAACACGUCAGACCAUGUUGUUCUCCGCUACGAUGAGCGAGCAGGUCAAGGAUCUUGCUGCCGUUUCGCUGGACAAACCUGUAAAAGUGUUCGUGAACAACAACCAGCAAGUGGCCUUUAACCUGCGGCAAGAAUUUAUUCGUAUACGUGAGGAUAAGGAGGGAGAUCGGGAGCCCAUCCUGGCUAGCUUGAUUUGCCGAACUUUCCACGACCACUGCAUGGUGUUUGUCCAAACGAAGAAGCAGGCCCAUCGACUGCACAUUUUGCUUGGACUCUUGGGCGUUCGAGCUGGCGAGUUGCACGGUAAUCUUACCCAGCAGCAGCGUCUGGAGUCGCUCAAGAAGUUUAAGGAGGAGCAAAUCGAUGUACUGAUCGCCACGGAUGUGGCAGCUCGUGGUUUGGAUAUUGUGGGCGUGAAGACGGUCAUCAACUUUGUGAUGCCCAUCACCACAGAGCACUAUAUCCAUAGAGUGGGUCGAACCGCUCGUGCCGGACGUGCUGGUAUUUCUGUUUCGUUGGCCGGAGAAAAGGAGCGUAAGAUCGUUAAGGAUAUUAUCAAGAAUGCAGAGAGCACUAUCAAGAAUCGUAUUAUUCCGCCUGAGAUAAUAGAAAAGUAUCGCAACAAGCUUACGGCCCUAGAACCAGAGAUUCAGAACAUUUUGGACGAGGAGCAGGCUGAAAGGCAGCUAGCAAAGACAGAGCAACAGCUUUCCAAAACCGAACGUAAGCUGUUGGGCCAGUCCAACGAGCGACGUGAUUGGUUCCAGACGAGACAACAGCGCGAGGCUGAGAAGGAUCGUCUAGCUUUAACUGGCGACGAUGAGAAAGCAGCAGGUGGAAAGGGCAAGGGCAAGGGCAAAACGGCUGGAAAGCGCAAGCGACCGGAGUACGGAGGCGACGGCGAGGAUGGUCCACCAGUCAAGGAGCUGGAGGCAAAGCGCAACAAAAAAAAGAAGGAGGAGCCUCGGAAAAAGACGCCCGAGCAGUUGGCCAAGGAGAGAGCUAUGAAGGAGAUUGAGAAGGUGUCGCUGGUGCGAGCCAAGAUGGCCAAAUUACGCAAGCGGCCGGGAAAACUCGGUGCUGCCACCGAAGCCCACAAAGGUGGUGCCUCUGAAAACAAACCCAAGCGCCGUGGUGCACAAUCGGCGUUUACCAACGAUUUGACCGAUGUCAGUCGUGGUGGAGCCCUGCGCUUAAGAUCUGAGGCUAAUCGGCACAAGAAAAUGACAAAGAUUGCAGCCAAGAAGAAGGUCAGCAGCGUAAAGCUGACCAACAAGGCGGGAAAAAAUAAGUUCAACAAGGGCAAGAGCUUUGGAGGACCUCGUUAUGCCAAGAAGGAUAAAAAAAGAAAUAAAACUACACAACAUACAUAGUUAUAGGCAAUGUUAAAUCGUGAACUUGUAUAAUAAUGACUAAUCAUUGGGUUGUUUAAAAUUACAUUUUAUAAAUUGCUCUUCCCAGAACGGCGACCUCAAGCCUUUAAUAAAUUAAAAAAUAUAAA